CGGCUAUCUCCCUCCUGCUUUUCCUUACGCCCCUUUUGCUUUGCCGCUCUCAGCUGUUUACUCUCUCGCUCUCAUUUUAUUCGUCGUCAGCUGGUUUGGCGUUCGUCUCGUUCAUUUUUGCCCGGAACGCGGUAAGAAGUUCAAGUCAUUUUGAUUUCUCCAAGUGUAGUUUAAUCGAAAUAAAUAGAAUACUUGCGUUUCUGGACGUUCAAACUUUUCAAUGUUUUCAGAAUAGGCUGAUAUAAAAACAAAAAAAGAAAGGUACAAAAUGAUGGAAGUAAGCCAGAACGUUGAAAUGAAGGAUCUGUCCUCAGAAGGCCCUUUAAGGCGUACUCUAUCCACAGACCUCGGCAGUAAUGGUGAACCCCUCUCCACCCCUGCAAUUGUCAAUAAAUCAAGUCGGACGUCCAGGGAUGAAGAUGACCUGUGUGAGCUCACCAAUGGUGUCGGUGCCUCCGACAGCGUCAAGGAUAUUAUUCACGAACCGAUACCAGGAUCGGAGAAGGAGCGCAAUGCGGGCAGCGAUUUGGACGCUUUGCUGGACAAGAUAAGCUCCAUUGUGGACUGUAGCCCCAGGAAUUCCGACGAUCUGGAUACAGUCGAUAAGAGCGAGGAAUGCGACUCUGAAUCGACGAAGGAAAAAACAGCUGAUGAGACGGAGGAAAAGCACGCCGAAUAUAGAAAAGUAAGUGAAGAAGAGGUGCGGGAAUCUACAGAAAGCGAAGAUCGCGUGGAGCCGGAUUCCAAGUUUGAGACUGAGGAGAAAGCUAUAGGAAAAGACAUCAAAGACAUCGAAGAACCCGCUACAGCCGAAGGAUCGACGGAGGAAACCGAAGAUUUGGCUGAGGCGACAGAGAAGUCUAUUGGAAAAGAAAUAGACGAGGAAAAAAAAUUGCAAGAGAAAAAUUGGGUCAAGUCACAUUCUGUGGAUAACAAUGAAAAAGUCCCGGCAAAGGUAAAUAGCUCCUCGGAUGAUGUGUUUAUGGAUGCUCUUGACAGCAUUUCCAGCUCCGAUGAGUUUGAUGCCUUCAGUUCUCAGGACAGCAAGAAGCCCAAGCAAAGCAACAAGCUUAACGCCGUUGAUAAACCAGUUGCCAACGAUCUGGAUGAGAUUUCCUCCGAUGAUGAAGAUAUCCUUAAGCACGAGAAAGUUGAGAACUCUGAUGAAUCAGAAAAACCCAAAGCGGAUAUCAUAGAUUUGGAUUCGUCGGACGAGUGUGUGGUUUGCGAGACGCCUGCGGAGGAAGUAGCCAAAACAGAGGAUACCGUUGAAGUUACUCAUGACAUAGUCGCAGUGAAGGAAAAGAAGACUGAAGAAGCGACUAUCUCAGAAGAACACUUAGACAAGGCCGAUGAUGAGUCUAUUAAAGCUAACGAAGAGGAAGAUAAUCCCACGGAGCCCACGACAGAAGACGAAGAGACAAAGGUAACUGAAGAGCUUGCAGAGCCCAAGCCAAUCGCAGACGAGGAGUCGCUGUUAGUUGAAGAGCCCGAAGAAGAAACGGUGGAGGUCAAGGAAGCGGAAGAAACCGUAGAGGACAAGGAAGCAAAAGAGCCCAAAGAGGUUGCGGAGACGGAAAAGCCUGAAGAGGUUAAGGAUACAGAAGAUCUCGAAGAGGUCAAAGAUACAGAAGAGCUGGAAGAGGUAAAGAAAUCGGAAGAACUGGAAGAGAUUGAGGAUACAGUAGCGCCGAAAAAGGCCAAGCUAUCGGAAGAGACCAAAGAGGACAAGGGAAGAGAAGAUCGGGACAAGGUCCAGUCAACAGAAGAGCCGAAGGAGCCUAUCGUAGUCGCAGACGAGGAAGAAAAAGAUCCCAAAAAAGUAAACAAAACGGAAGAAGCGUUGCAAACUCAGUCCCAGAAAAUGAACGAAACGACGAUAGAUGAUUUGCUUAUGGAGGUGGACGAAGAUAUCCUCGAAAGGGAAGAAAAGAAUGCGAAUGAGGAUAAGCCCAUGGCUAUAUCAAAAAACAAGAAGCCCAAGGUUAAUGGGGUCUGCGAAAAGCCAACUGUUGACAAUGACGAGGACUUGGCUAAGGAGAUACCUAAUGUUGAGAAGGAAGGCAAAGAGUCGGAGUCCGAUGAUGAAGUCAUUUUCUUUGAGCCUAUAGAUAAGACCAACAAGGCUGACGCUUCCUUACAGGCAGGUAGUAAAAUGUCCGAGAAACCCGAAGCUAAAGAAGACGAAAUUGUUCUUGUGUCAGAGGAUGAGGAUGAAGAACCGCAGGCAAAGAAACUGGAAAAGGACCUUCUUCAAAGUUCAGCGAAGGAAACGACUGCCAAAGGACUUCCCAGUGAUUCAUCAGCUGAAUCGGCUGAGGCCAAGGACCUGCUAUUGGACAAUUCCGACAAUGCGUGCGAUCAGUUUGAGAAGUUAAAGACCCACGCCAAGGCGAAGUCCACUGCCACGGAGGAUGGGAACAGCAAUUCGAGCAACCUGUUGCGGCCCGCCGAAGAGGUCGAGGAGUCGGCAUCGAAGCGAGUGCGUCUCAGUACCGAUGAGAAGAUGGAUCCCGAUCUGGAGACGGAACUACAAGCACCCCAAAAAUCCACCAUCGAGCAGGAUGAUGAGAAGGAAAUUGUCAAACGGAGCCACGACCAUCUAGACAGAAGUCCGGAUCGGGAAGAGGAGAUACCCAAUAAGAAACUUAAGACUGAAGACUCCGACUCGAACAGCUCAUGCGACGGUACGCUCCAAAUUGAUCUGGACGGCCUGGACGACAAGGCAAAGGUUGAACCGGCGGCAUCCCCAAAAAUUGAAGACGUAAAAGAACUUAAACUUGAGCUCAAGCCCGAACCGGAAAUCAAAAAGGAUAUUAAGCCGCUACGUCUGGAGUUCUUUAAGGCCUUCCGCCGGACCUUCGACACAAUGACCCGCGAUGAUCUGGAGGAGCUGGUGCUGCAGAAGGUCGUCGAAGGAAUGCUGGUCAAAAGUGAGUUCGCGGACAUCCGUUUGCAGCUGGACAAAUGCGAGAACACACUGGCCACCUACCGACGAAAGAUCGCCGAGGUGUCCAAGCAGUUCCUCGACUUGGAGACUGUGCACAAGCGGGUGCUCAAGGAUCUGGAGACCAAGAACUCCCACUUCACGGCACCGGUCCGGAUAACGCGUGCCGUUGGCCUUCAGGUGGGCAUCCCGUUCAAGGCCAUGAAGCCCACGGUCUCUGCUCCGGAACAGCCGCAUUCUGCAGGCAGUAUGUUGGCGCCCAGUGGAACGCCCCCCAAGGCCAGCACCUCGCCGAUGAGAUCGCCAAUGCGGACCAGACCACCUGUGCCAGGUCCUGCUUUUCCACCGGGAUCAUCAUCCGCACCCAGUUCCAGUACCACUCCGAAUCCUAGUUCCCAGCAGCAGCAGUCACGGUCCACCGCCAACAUUGCUCAAACCACUGCAUCGUCGGCCAAUCCUAUGGCUCCCGUGCGCCGGGGUUGCCUGCAAAAGGUGACACCCCAGCGACCAUGUCCUGGUAACGUCCUACCCGUGCCGCAGACCAACAAUCAGCCAAACGUGCACCGCUUGCAGACCUCACCGCCGGCAGGCCAGAGAACUAUGCAUGCAUCGAAGCACACCGGAACCACUGCCUCCAUGACGGCCUCGUCGGCCACAGUGGCGGCCAAGGUGGCCGCCAUGAGGAACCGGAACUCAGGCAACUCAUACGUGACGCAGAAGCAGCAACAACAGCAGCAACAGUACCAAACAGCUCGUCCUGGUCCUGGUUCCGGCCUAGGUCCCAGUCCCGCUAAACAGACGCCCAAGUGCACGACGACAGUGCGCGCCAAGCAGGCACCGCUUUCCGGUGCCACCGUCUCGGUGCCUAUGUCAUCUGGCGCCGGCGGCGGGGAAUCAGGAACCGGUGCAUAUGGGCAGCAGCAGCAGCCCAGCUUGGCGCCGGCCAAGCCCAAGGAGAAGGCGGUCAUCGACCUGACGGACGAGGAUGAUGCAGCGGCGGCGGCGGCUGCUGCGGCAGCAAAGGCAUCCCAGGCGCAAAUCGAAGCGAACGCUCGUCUGCGACAGGCGGCCAAUGCGACGGUGAAGCGGAAUGCCCAGGCAGCGGCUGGGACAAGAGGAGGUCGUGGAGGCGGAAGUGUGGUCCGAGCAUCACCGAUGCAAUUGGGUCGCGUUAAUGCCCGUCAGAUAGUCCAAAAUAAUGGUGGAGGUCAACGAAGUUCACUGGGUUCAAACGUAACCAUGCAGAUACGUUCGGAGAAUACACCGCCGGCUGCUUCACGUUUGAGAUACUCGCAUCCGGCGCCGCUGCCCUCGUCGCCUGCCCAGCCCUUCAAUCCCUCCUGGAAAGUGCCGCCGUCGCGACCCGUAAUCCGGAUCAGUUUGCUGGACACCGGCAUCGUUAUCUCCUGGACGCUGGAGGACACGGGUCCGCGGUUCGCGGAGUGUGUAACAUACCAGAUCUAUGCGUACCAGGAGACGAUCCACGAGCCCAGCACGGAAAGUUGGCGGCAUGUGGGCGAUGUCAACGCCAUGCUGUUGCCCAUGGCCGUAACGCUGAAUCAGUUCCAGGAGAACCAGCGGUAUUACUUCGCGGUGCGGGGUGUGGACAACCACCAGCGGUUUGGUCCGUUCAGUGUACCCAAGACCUGGUCGUAAACGGGCUGCAGUGUUAGCCAUUGGCCUCUUCCUUAAGACUAGAUAAUAGCUUCAGUACCCACAUGUAAUUUAUUUAUCUCCGCAUUUCAAGCUUUUGUUGAUCGCGUUAGAACUUUGUUUCUCGAAAAUAGGCUGGAAUUAUGAGUUUAGUUUUAAGUUUUACAAAGAUUUUUGGGGGAAUUCUAAGGAGUUAUAAUUUAAUACGCCAAGCAGCCAAUCCUUUGAAGCUGCAAGUCAGACAGCAACAACAAAACGAUUGUAUUUUAUUCACGUUAGGUUAUCACUUAUCACUAAUAAUUAAGUUCAAAACUUACAUGAAUUUAAAUAUAAUACUGAAUAAAUAUCGAAUGGAUAAA